UGGGCGCCCAGCAUGGCAGGAGCUGGCGGUGGCGGGAAUGACAUUCAGUGGUGCUUUUCUCAGGUGAAAGGCGCUGUGGACGAUGAUGUAGCGGAAGCUGACAUAAUAUCUACGGUAGAAUUUAAUCAUUCUGGAGAAUUGCUAGCGACGGGAGACAAAGGCGGUAGAGUUGUCAUAUUUCAACAAGAGCAAGAGAACAAACUACAGUCUCACAGCAGAGGUGAAUACAACGUUUACAGUACCUUCCAGAGCCACGAGCCAGAGUUUGACUACUUGAAAAGCUUAGAAAUUGAAGAAAAGGUUAACAAAAUUAGGUGGUUACCCCAGAAAAACGCUGCUCAAUUUUUAUUGUCUACGAACGACAAAACAAUAAAACUAUGGAAAAUCAGUGAAAGAGAUAAACAGCCGGAAGGCUACAACUUGAAAGAGGAAGAUGGCCGGUAUAGAGACCCCACUACAGUUACUACUUUACGGGUGCCAGUAUUUAGACCCAUGGAUCUCAUGGUGGAAGCCAGCCCUCGAAGAAUAUUUGCCAAUGCUCACACGUAUCACAUCAACUCUAUCUCCAUUAAUAGUGAUUAUGAAACGUACUUGUCUGCGGAUGACUUGAGGAUUAAUUUGUGGCAUCUAGAAAUCACAGAUAGAAGUUUUAAUAUCGUAGAUAUUAAGCCUGCCAACAUGGAAGAGCUGACGGAGGUAAUAACGGCGGCCGAAUUCCACCCAAACAGCUGCAAUACUUUUGUGUACAGCAGUAGCAAGGGAACUAUUCGCCUGUGUGACAUGCGCGCGUCGGCCCUCUGUGACAGGCAUUCGAAAUUGUUUGAGGAGCCAGAAGAUCCAAGCAGCCGGUCCUUUUUUUCAGAAAUCAUCUCCUCCAUCUCGGAUGUCAAAUUUAGCCAUAGUGGUCGAUAUAUGAUGACUAGAGAUUAUCUGUCUGUGAAGAUUUGGGAUUUAAAUAUGGAAAACCGACCUAUGGAAACGUACCAGGUACACGAAUACCUCAGAAGUAAACUUUGUUCGCUCUACGAAAAUGACUGCAUUUUUGACAAAUUUGAGUGCUGCUGGAAUGGGUCGGAUAGCGUCGUCAUGACCGGCUCCUAUAACAACUUCUUCCGAAUGUUCGAUAGGAACACCAAGCGUGAUGUCACGUUAGAAGCUUCUCGGGAGAACAAUAAGCCUCGCACGGUUUUGAAACCCCGCAAAGUCUGUGCGAGUGGCAAACGGAAGAAGGAUGAGAUAAGCGUCGACAGCUUAGACUUCAACAAGAAGAUCCUCCACACAGCCUGGCAUCCCAAGGAAAACAUAAUUGCUGUAGCCACUACAAACAACUUGUAUAUAUUUCAAGACAAAGGGAUUUAGAGUAGCGGUCCGGGUCAGAAGAGUCCACUUCCUGUCUAGUUCAGAGAGGUGAACUUAGCAUUUGUAAAACAAUAUAGGGGAAGAAAUGGAGCCAGAGAGAGAGAAGUUCGUUGCGGUGCACCUUCCCCAGUGUUUAAACAAUGUGCCAUAGUGACAACCCAUUUUUUUCUAGAUAGCUACAUGGAUGGUUCUCUCUCUCUCUCUCUCCUCUCCUCUCUUUUCUCUCUCUUUCUCUCUCUCUUUCUCUCUCUCCUCUUUUCUCUCUCUUUUUUUCUCUCUCUUUGCUGGGCAGUUCUCCACUAGCCAUUUAGGUGGGGGUAGGGCACUUUUUAACGUAAAAUUGACUACUUGCACCAUCUCACCAAAUGGACUAGAGAUUGGAUCAACAUUGGGUUCCUCCAGUUUUUUUUUUUAUGCCUUCCAUUGUGAUGACGUCAGCCACAGAGCGAAACCUUCAAGUAAUGCUGUCGGAUUUUCAUUGUGUAACCUCAUUACUGUAUUAUUUGUGCCCCCCCCCCUAUUUUUUUUUAA